GCCAGUACAGUGCAGUUUUCCCGGUUCCGAUCCACCGUACCGCGACGUGUCCGAGCCGCGGUCGGUCGCGUGUGGUGCUGAUGGAAUGGUGGUUCAAAUGUAUUCGUUGUGACAGUGAGGCUCUUGUAAUUCUUCGCAUUUUCAUUGACAGUAUGAGCACUGACUUCAUCCGUAUAGGCCCUUUACCUGUCAAGUGUAAAAUAAAUGUUGCAGGAGUCUUGAGUCUUUUCUUACCACCAGAAUCUCCCAGUUUCCUGCUCCGUUGGAAUUAAAUUAGCCGUGUGCUCUUGAAACUGUAAGUUGUAAGACAUUAGCUACCGGCAUCGUCAUGCAGGCCGCAUCUUCGGCAGGUGAUCAGCUGGUGUCUCAGUCAGCUGAUUCGCCGUUACCGAAAUCUGGGAGACUUACGAGAGCGGAGAUUAAAGGAGAUGAUAAAAUGGAUUGCAGAGGUGUGGGGAACGUAAGGGAAGGAGGCCUACCGGUACAGGUACUUCCGAAAAGUGAAGGUGCAAGGGACAAGCCUGCUCCAGCAGUUCGCCGGAAAAUGAUGCAACAUACAGUGAUAGUAUUUCCUGAAUCUGCUAACAUCAUGUCACAUCGGCUGAGCAGGACCACGCAGUGGUAUGUGGAUCUUGAUCCAAGUGAAGUUGAAACACUGAGCUCAGUGGACUUGGCAUCUGAAAAGCUACCAGAGAGUGAAGAGAGACCUCAGCAAGAGCAGACAUCUCAGGAGCCAGAGGAGGAUCUCCUUAGCUCAAGGUCUGUGGCUGAGAAAACGCGCCAUUUCAACUUGAAAGUUGAAGAAGUAUCCAGUGAGUCUUCCAGUAGAAGGACUAAGCCCAUAGAUUUAUCAGGGACCCCUACUCGAACAAUUGCGAUCCAAACAGAGAAAGACUCUAGCGGCAAACGGGAAGGGAAAUCCAAGGUGCCAAUUGUGCGGUGGAACACCCUUGAGAACUCUCCGCCAGGUAAGUGGAUUUCACCAACGGUGCAGCGUUCCACAUCUAACCUCGACAGCAAAACACAUCCGCGGUUUGAGGUCACACCGAGAGGGAAGACACCAAGAGGUUCACUGCGACGAGAGAAGUCCAUACAGCAACGCAGAGAAGAUGAAAGACUCAUUCAGAGGUCACGAGAGUUGAGUAACUCAUAUGAGUUGUCUUCAGAUCUCAAAAGCAAACAGGUGGAAAUGCUUGAGAAGCGGUAUGGUGGGCGCAUCAGAGCACAUCAUGCUGCCAAAGUGAUUCAAGAAGCCUUCCGACAGCACAAUAUGAAAAGGGAAUUCCAACGACUACGUCGUACCCCUUCAGAGUCACGCAUCUCACGUUACCUAGACAGCCACUCCAAGCAGUGGGGAAUGAGUGGAAGCCGUGCGAGGGUGAUGGUCAUUGGUAGUUCAGGCCCUACCUCCCCUGUCUCUACAAAAUCUCCACUGAAAGAUAUACAGGAACUUGGUGCUGUGGAGCAACUACGUGAGAAGGAGACUGUUGGUACAGAGAAGAAGAAACACAAAGUCCAUCAUAAUAACAGCAACAAUGUCACACCUAAGCGGGGAGUACUUGUCUCGUCUGGUCAGGACUCAAAAGUGAACGCUGAUGGUGAUGCCUCAUCUACAGAGAAAAGCCGCAUGAGUUCACAGACUGUUGUGGUGACAUUGACUAUGCAUAGGCAGUCGGAUGAGAGUGAUACCCACACAAGUACAGAUUCUACACCACAUGGCUCUCGGGAUGACUUGAGUGCAAGGGGGGACAACAGAAAUUGCAGCCCUACUGAAAUUACCACAACUGAGAAGACCAUUAAGAUGGUAAUACAGAACACAGAGUUGAGAGAUGGUGGUGGUCGGGCAUUCUCCUGUAAGCUUGGCAGCCCUGGCUUGAUUGCUUGUGCCAAGAGACUUCCAUUUGAUGACGUAGACCCAAAGCCUGAAUUCACUGAUUCAGUGAAGAAUGAACAAACCUUACUGAAAGAGGAUUUACAUGUAGAAUCAUUGGACCAAAGCAUUUCACAACCAGUGGAUACAAAGGAGGAAGUAGCAGUUUCAAGUGAAGAAAAGAUUGAAACAGUUGAAAGAGUUGAACUUGAGAUGGAGCCAGAUGUGUCAGAAACUGCAGUGCCAGCAUCAGAGGAGUUGGAGAAAGAAUCUACUUUGGAAGAAAGUGUCAAGGAGGACACACAUGCCAGUCCAUCUACUCUUGCCUCUUCAGUUGAAGUAGAGAGUCCUUUAGUGCCACCAGUUCCUACAGAAAACAGAAAAACUGUUGUGUCCAAGACUGUAGUGAAAGACAGUGAGGGCAGUACCAGUCCUAGCACUAAGAGAGCCAAGAAAAGCUCUCGAAGCAAGAAUGGUGAUGAUAUCUCUCCUAAGAAGAAAAACUGGCCAUUCUCCCGCAGCAAAAGUGGUGAUCGCACUCGCAAGGGUUCUCCCACCAACUCUCCCAAACCACAGCGGCACAGCCCCAGAAUGUCAGUGCCAAAGGACUCAACAGAGAGUGUACAGAAGCAAUCCUCUGGCAUAGAGGAAAUACAUGGGGGAAGUGUCCAUGGGAAACUCGAUGUUGAGAGUCCUGUGCAACACCGGAAAGCCAGUUCCUCAUCAACAGAUAAUCAGAAUGCAUCAACAGAACCCAAACCAUCCAUGACACAACCCCAAGUGGAGUCCUAUGAACGGCCACGCAUGCACACUGUGGGAUCUGUUGAAGCUCUAGCAAGGAAAAAGAGUGCUCAGGAAUUAGAGAAAAUGCGGUCCAACUCCCUGAGUGGUGGGGAGCUGUCUGACAGGGCGGACCAGAUAUCAUUAGCCUCCACUGUCACCACCAGUGAUUUUGAUCACGACUCAGUGCAGGAUGUACCAGCUGUGACUGUCGCUACACCAGAGGGAUCCUUGACGAUGCUAGACAAGAUCAUCUCAACAUCCUCAAUAGACACAGACUCGGAGGAUGAUGAAGUUCAUACCUCCCGGCAAAAGCGCGCAUCCUUGCCAGUCGUCAGCCUGUCAGGGCACACUGCAUCCACACCCCCAACCUCCACAUCCAAACAGCUGGUGUCCAGGGUACGAAGUGCCAGUGGUAUGGAGUCCCCCAUCUGGAAGAGGAAGAGUCAGAGUACCAAAGUUGCAACUCGAAAUGGGACACUUGUCAAUGGGACCGCUGGGGUACCAGUUAAGACUUUGGCACGAUCAGAAACAGGGGACAGUAUGAGUAGUGAGGGAAGCAACUCAUCUUCUCGAUUUACACUCGGGGACGAUUCUAGUAUUACAGACAGCAUAGACAGUCUCUCAUUAGAAUCUAGUUUCAUGGAAUCAUUAGAGAAGCGGCCCAUGGACCCAGUAUUGAGUAUUCCUAUGACAGCUGUCCGGUGGAGAAGAUACAAGAUUGGCCUCAAUCUUUUUAACAAGAAACCAGAGAAAGGGAUCAAGUUUCUAGUGGAUAAUAAAUUUGUGGAGAACUCGCCCAAUGAAGUCGCCAAGUUCCUUCUGAACCGGACGGGGUUGAGUAAGGCUAAGAUUGGAGAAUAUCUUGGUAAUCUCCAGAAGGAUUUCAACAUGCUUGUCCUAGAGUGUUUUGUAGAUGAGAUGAACUUCCGUGAUAUGUGCAUAGAUGAGGCAUUACGCAAAUUCCAAACAGCAUUCAGGCUACCAGGAGAAGCUCAGAAGAUAGAGAGGCUCAUGGAGGCAUUUGCACAGCGUUACUGUAUCUGCAAUGGUGAUGUGACCAGGUCCUUCCAGAAACCAGAUACCAUCUUCAUUCUAGCAUUUGCUAUCAUCAUGCUGAACACUGACCUACAUAGUCCCAAUGUGAAGCCAGAGAGACGCAUGAAAUUGCAAGACUUUGUGAAAAACCUCAGUGGCAUUGAUGAUGGCUGUGAUAUUGACCCAGAACUCCUUCAUGGCAUCUACAAUCGCAUCCAGCACCAUCCAUUUCAGCCAGGAAUGGACCACACCAGUGUUGUCUUCAAGAUUGAACAGAGCAUCAGCGGCAAUAGACCGAUUUUAGCUGAGCCUCAUCGUCGUUUAGUCCAUAAGUGCAGCUUGUCUGAAGUCUAUGAUCCCACCAAGAAGGACAAGAAACAUCUUAGACAUGUGUUUCUCUUCAAUGAUAUGCUCAUGGUCACUAAACUAUACAAGAAGAAGACAGGGAGUAUAUAUGGCUUCAAGAAGGCCUUUCCACUACAUGCUGCUUGUGUGCUGGAUUUUUCAUCACAAUAUUAUCACCACGGAAUCCGCCUAGUAGCAUCUAUGAACAACCGUACACUCAUCACCUUCUGCGCCAACUCCCAGGAAGACAAGAUGAAGUUUGUGGCUGACCUGAGAGAGGCAGUCCAAGAAGUCAAUGAGAUGGAAGACAUUAGAAUUGGAGCUCUUAAUUUGGGUCGUGUUUACAAGAAACAAAGGAGCGUGUUUUGCUCUCCAACAUCUGAGCUGGAGAGGCAAAAGAUUGUACGGAAGAGCCAGGCAAGCACGGCUGACUCUGGACUAGGUCUGGAUACAGAGAGCUUUGCAAGCACACAGAACCUGAGUGGUAGCAUGGACUCCUUAGCACCACAGACUAGUGACAGUAGCACGUUGAAGAGGACAGCACUGUCCAACUCACUGAUGGAUCUUAAGGAAGCAUCAGCCAAGAAGAAUCACAGAAACAGCGCCAGUUCUCUAGACAGUGGAGUGUGGGCCAUCACGCGCAUUGUAGCUGUACCUUGGAUAUCAACGCCACAAUGCCCCUCCCACGAAAAAACCGCACCCCCACCAAACCUGUUAGCUCACUCUUCAGCACACGACGCAACAAGGUCGAGGUGGACCUCAGCGCAGCAGUCAACAGCGACUCCUCGGACUCGUGAUGUGGUCUACUCAACACAGGUCUAGCAACUUUGCAUGCCUUGGGCAUGUGCAGUGCCUAAUUAUGAAUGCAUUCUUUGUAUUCCCUGUGACAACAUUGUAACACUGCACCAAUCUAUUAUCUCUUCACUGAGCAAAAACAUGGCACUUGAUAGUAAUUAUCACUGCAGACUUCAAUCAAUACCUAUCUCACACCCAAAGUACUAUACCUGUGACAAGUGUGGUGCCCUACCCUAGCAAUCCUGGUCUACACACAUCCAUGUACAUGUUGUGUUUUGGACAUUUUUCCUUUGUUUUUUCUUUCCUACAUUGCACAUUAUGCCACAGAGUGUAACUAAGGAAGUGUGUUGUCAUCAAAGUAUUCUGGAGUUGAAAUGGAUUGUUUAAAUAACAUCAUUUAUAUCGGUGUUGGUUUGUGUGACUAUCUCUUACAUCAUACAGAGACUAUGGUGAGGUGUUAUAAAACAAGUAUGGAUAUAGUGAACCAACCUCAGGAGGGAAGCUAGUCUUACUGUGCCACACAGCAGUCAGUGUUUACUACAGAGCUAUAUUAAAUAACUCUCAAAUGGAGAAGUGUUGACUCCUUCUGGGUGCAGACAGUUUAAAUUCAUGGGGAUAUUUGUAGAACAUAAUGAAAUGAGAUGGAACAAAUUCAGAAUGAUGUACUCUAAAUACAGUGCGCUAGUACGUUUGCAAAUAACAAAUGGUGCCUUUUCUAUCAUUUAAUUCGGUAUCUGCACCACCAAGCACUACUACAAACUCAUUUACUGAUUGUAUGUUCAGGUUUUGGGGGAGUCGGCUUUGUAGACACAUUGUUUUACAAUACAGGCACAGACAUGCAAAUAGGUGUACAAAGCCAUACAGAAUUUUCCCAUAGAUUUCUACACAAACAUGGAUGUGACAAGCAGGCUUCACUUUGCACAGUGAUUCCGCACACUAGUAAUUCUACAUGGUGCUAUGGUGUUUGAAAACUAGUAGACAGAUGCCGUGUGAGUUGGCUGGCUGGAAUACAUUGAGUUGCACAUUAAUCUACUAUGCAAACAAAGCGCUUCAUCCUCAGUUACCGCAGAUUUUCUGGCUCCAGUGAAUAUGUUAUAUGUGCCCAGUGACAAUUCAAAAAUCCUUUUCUUUUUCAUUGGCUCACCAAUCAUGAUGCUUGAUAACUGUAAUAAGCCAGGGUAUUGUCUGUGUCUUUGGCUUUGCAUGUAUAGUUUAAAGUAGAUUGACCAUUGUAAUCUGACAUAUAUCAAACACUCUGACGUUGCUUUUCCGUUGACUUGCUGACAUUUUCUGAAGCUUCCACCCUGUUGAUCAUUUGUGUGGUAGAUAAAGCAGCAGUAAAUUUCCUUGUUUAGCACAUUGUCAAUGCACAACUCGGGGAAAUGACGCACUGUUUUGCUGUUGCAUCACUUUUAUUAAUGAACCACUAAUUUUUUUUUUUUAACAACUCAGAAAAUCAUCUAGGUUUAUUGUAUUUGAGACAUAAAUAUUCAGAACAUAUAUAUUUUAGGUGGGAGAUAAAUCAAACACUACAAAUGAAUUUGAAUUAAUACAACUUACGAAGAAUAAGAAGUUGUUUGUUGUGUAUCAUAUUGUGUAUAGCAUUUGAGAGAUAAGUUAUGUUUAGUUUAUAUGCAUUUCUGUAUCAUUUGGCUUUAUAAUAUGGCUCAUGACAAGGUUUGAUGGUGGAGUUUAUUGAAUGAAUUUACAGAUUUUCUGCAGAAAUUGUGUAGUAUAUACGUUGUAAAGGUCAUAAAAUGAUCCUGAGUUUCUUUUUAAAUUCAUUUUUAUGUAAUUAUGUGAAGGCAUGUGUGAAGGCUCACCUACAUAGCAAUCAGUUGUAUUGACAACUGUGCUCAAUUGCAUAGAAAGCUCCACCUGUUCAAAUCUGUACACAAAAGUUUUGGUACUCGAGUAAAGCUUUUAAGUUAUGGCAAAAUGAUGUCACUUUCAUUACCAAGGGAAAUGAUUCUGAUAAACUGUUUUUAGAAAACAUUUCUGCUGUGCAGCCAUAAAAAGUGAACAUAUGAUACAGUUUUGCUUCUUUAUCCAUUUACAUUUACAAAAUUUGUGCAAUUUAUGAAUUAAAAUUGAGCUUUCAACAAUCUGAAAACGAAACAGUAAACCAAAAUAUAAAUGAAAGGAUUAAACAUGUACAUGAAAAGAGAUUGAUUUGUUGGUUUGAAUCGGUGUCAAUAAUGGCUUAGUGCUUUAGUUUAGAUGAGUGUUUUUUCAACAGUUGUUCCAUUGGUUUUAAUGGUGCUCUUAUUAUAGCAAUAAUACGAAGGAAGUGCUACUGUGAGCGUUCUCUGCUAUCAACAAAUGGGUUGUAUUGGUGGUAGUAAAUUUUGGUUGAUAAAUUAUAGCAACAUAAGCUGGUGUUCAUUUGUGCUUUGAAGUUAUGGCAGCAGCUUUUUAUGAGAACACAAUUGUGGCUUCUGACCACACACACCUAGUCACAACAGAGUGUAGUCUUGAAGUCCACAAGCCCUGAAUCAGUUUUGUGAACACUUGGCCCUUUAAAGUGUCAUGGUACUCCUUUAAUUUCCAAUGGUCGUGUUACAACUUGUUCUGAUGUUAUUAGUCAGAUUGAAGCUGUUUUGAAUCCACUGUUCUAUUCUGGAUUUCACGGGUUCGUGUUUCACAAUGUUUAAUUCUAUAUUGCAACUGAAAUGCAAAAUCACAAGCAAACCUGACUCCUCUAUGCACUGAACCAUUUGCAACUGGGCCAGCAUAAAUUGCAUAUCAGAGCUUAAAGAAUGAAUAUUUUAUAUAGCAAAUUUGCCCCGCUGUAUUUUGCUUCGUUGUUAUAUACACGUGUAUACACGAAUAGAAAAAUAAAGUAUGUAGUCUCAUAGUGUUUAAAAGUUGGUAUUUUGAGUAUAAAGCCAGCAGUGAUGUUCAUGUGCAUCAGAUCAGAGAGAAUUGGUAAAUUUUUUUAUUAGUCAAGUUUGAAAUUCGUCAUGGCUAACCAUGCAUUUAAAGUGGAAGAAAAUUCGUAUAUAUAUGUCUGUGUACCCUGGACCAUUUGGACAAUUUCUCAUCCCAGUGAUAAGUUACUAGAGAACUCUUAAGGACCACAUGGUUUACUUCAUCAUGUUGGUGUAACAGGUUGCUCAUUUGAAUUUGGUUGCAUUGCAGAUACUGUAAUACCUGCAUUUGAUGUUAUCCUGUGGUCACUGGUGGCUCAUGUAAUAGUCCAUGUGUUACAUUAGUUAUUUUACAAUGUAUUUAGGACAUAGUUAAAAUUUUCUAGCUUGCUGAAUCUGGUGUAAAUGACUGACGUACCUAAGACAGGGGUCCUUUGAGUAGGUUUGAAGGACUUAUGGAAUAUUUUAGUGUUUGUAUUAUUAUGGUACAACUUGUAAUCAGUUUAUUGUUGUCAUACACAGAGCAGUCAUUGAUGUCUGUGAACUCUGCAUUACUCUGGGAAAAGUUGACAGUUGCUGUUGAUUUUCCAGAGAAAUUCCUAUUCAAAGCACAAAAGCAACUUAGGUCAAAUAAAACAGAAAUUGCUGGCAUUAAUUUCUCUGUGUCUUGCAAAGCUUUGAGGUGUCCAUGGGGGUACUGUUCAUGUCUAAUGUUCUGGUUGAAGCGUGCUUUGUUUCCAACAAGUCUUCCAGCCAGCAAACUAUGGCCAUGGGCAGAUGUUGGACAAGGAGAAGCAGAUGACAAAGAAAUAUCCCAAAGAAAACUUGCCAUCUUGACAGACUCUUUGUCAGGGAAUCAAGCUAAACAAAAACUGUGUGUGGAUAAAAAAACAGUUAAUUUCUAUUGGGGCUAAAGGCCUUUUGCAGGUUUAAAAAAUUAUUGAAGAAAAUCAUCUGGUCAUAAUUAAAAAUGUUUACAUCGAAAUGUCUGACUGGAACUUUUAUAAUGUCUGCAGAAUGCAACACAAAUAAUCUGACUUAUUUUUGCCAACCACAAAAGCUGUAUAUUGUAUGGUCUUUAGCUUGUUAACAGGUGUUUCCGUCACAAUAGAUUUUAUUAAUUGUAACAAUUUAUGGUUAUAGUUUGUACAAAUGAUCCUUGAGCUGACUUGCCAUGCAGGGAUGCUGUGAUAACAGGUUAGUCAUUUAGUUGUAUUUGUUGCUUUCUUUGGUCAGGAUAGCGGUCCAGAUUGGUAACAAUGUGCUGUUCAGAAUGGAACAAGUAAUUGUUAUAAAUUGUUGUGGGACAUUAUGGUCAAGCACAUCAUGGUGUGGUUUCAGAGUGCACGUUCAUGUAAUAUAUAAAUUGUUAUGUAUUUAAUACUAGUAUGUUAUGUCCAUUGACCCCAUGAGUGGAAUAACACUAAGUGAGAGUUGCA